CCCUUAGCAAGCAAAGACAAAAAAAGGACUGACCGCACGGGUCGGCCCGUUAGGCGUCGUCUUGUGGCCCGCAAAAUACUCAUCAGUGACCUUAAGAAGCAUACACGACAGCUCCCUCGCUGUCCGUCCAACACAGCCCGUAGCAGCAUCACAAGGAGCUCUACUCCAUUGCAGCAAAAACAGCGCAUACGUCGCAGCGAAUAAAUCACCGCCAAAAAUGUUUGUCAUGGAUGCAAUCAAUUGGCUCGUGGCGAGACCGGUCCUGUGCUUACUUAUAUUCAUGUUCAUCAGAAGUAUGAUCCAGAGCCGACAACCGUUCCCCGAAGCCGGCGGCCGCACGAAGGGCGCCCACUCGACGGCCGAGUUCGACGGCCUCGUGAAGGACGGCCUGACGCUCGUCGACUUCUACGCGACGUGGUGUCCUCCUUGCCGCGCCUGUACACCAGCGUUCGGCGCGAUGAGCAUGAAAUUGGCCGGCGCGGAAUUUGUGAAAUGCGACGUCGACGAGUGUCGAGAGGUCGCGCAGCGCGAGGGCGUCUCGGCCAUGCCCACAUUCAAGAUCUACAAGGGUGGGAAAUGCGCCUGGACGUGCACGGGGUUCCGAUCGAGCGACAUCGAGGCCAAGCUCCUCGAACUGGGCGCGACGCGAGCGACGGCGACGAACAAGACCGACUAGUAGGACUACUAAGAAAACUGAAUGAACACGACGUCGCCGAGCAACCCGGGGAAAGUAAACAAACAGUGC